AUGAUGAAUCAACAACAACAACAACAACAACCACCAACAACAUCACCAACGCAACAACAACAAUUAACCCAAUUACAAACACAUCAAUAUUUUCAAAAUAAAUUUAAAUUAUUUUAUAAAAGAGAAUUAGAUGAAGCUGAUCCAUUAGAAAUUUAUUGGAGAGAAUGUUAUGAUAAAAUUGAAUUAUUAUUAUUAAAUAGUUCAGAAGCAGAGAUUAAUAAUUAUUUAAUUGAAAAAUCAGCAUCAGUUGAAUCAAGUGGAAAUAAUGAUCAAUCAAAUAAAUUUCAUACAGAAGUUACAAUUGGAUUUUUAUAUGCAAUUCUUUUAGGAUCACCUCAAAACAUUGCAUUAUCGCAUCAAUAUUUUAAAUCUUUAACUUUUUUCACUAAAGAUUCAUUAGCAUUAUUUUGUUCAUUAUUAAAGAAAUUAAUAGCAGAUAAAUUUCAAAAAUUAAAUGAUACACCAAGACAACAAGUGGUUUGGAUCAUUAAUGAAUUGAUUGCAACCAAUCAUCAAGAUUGUGAAUCUGUAACUUCAAUCAUUUUAAGACAUAUUUAUGGUGGUAAUUUCACUUCAAAAAAUUUAUCUUUAAGUCAUUCAAUGUUAAAUAUGUUUUUAACACAUAGACAAUGGUUAAAUAGUAGACCAUUAUUAAUACCAACUAUAUUAUAUAAUUUUUUAAGAUUAAUUCAAGAUCAUAUUAGUAGACCGCAAGGUUUACAUAAUCCAACUCAUUUGAAAGAUGAAAUUAAUUUUUGUUUAGAUUUAUUAAAAAAUAAAUUUCAAGAAUGUUUAGUAAUUGGUAGAGAUUUAAUUAGAUUAUUACAAUAUUUAAGUACAAAAACAAUAGAGUUUGAACAAUUAUGGAAAGAUUUAAAUAGUAAACCAACAACAUUUGCGCCUGGAUAUUAUGAUAUAAUUCAAUCAAUGAAAACACCAACACCUAAACAUUUCUUACAAUCAAGAUUAUCACCAGAGAUGGAAUUACAGGUAUUAUAUAUAUUAAAAGAGGUUAAAUUUGGUAAUCAAAAGAGAUAUCAACAAUGGUUCGUUACAAAGUAUUUGGUUACACCAGAAUCCGAAUCAUUAAUACCCGAUAUAAUUCGUUAUAUUUGUUGUGUCUAUCAUCCACCAAAUCAUGUACUCUGUAGUGAUAUUGUCCCAAGAUGGGCUAUCAUCGGUUGGUUAUUGAAACAUUGUAAAUCAGAUGCAUGGAGAAACUAUAGUAAGUUAUCCUUGUUUUUAGAUUGGCUUUAUUUCGAACCAAAGAUUGACUCAAUUAUGAAUAUUGAACCCGCUAUCCUAUUAAUGGCUGGUAGUGUUAAAAAGUAUGCAGAUAUGACAAUUGAUUUGGUGGAAUUCAUUGUUGGUACAUUAUUAGAUAGUUAUGAUAUUCAAAGAAAAGAUGCAAUUCGUCAAGGUAUUCAUAAUUCCUUUGCUACAGUUUUGGAAAAAGGUGUUGUUCAAUCAUUAAGUCAUGUUUUCCCACCAGAUUCUUUAGGUCCUUCUUUAUUUGAAAAGGUUAAACAUUAUUUCCAUCAAUUUUUAACAAAUUCACCAAUUCAUCAAUUACAUAGUCAACAACAACAACUACAACAACAACAACUACAACAACCACAACAACCACAACAACAACAACAACCACCGCAAUAUAAACCAUAUCCACAACAACCAAUUAAUAAACAAUUACCAUUACAAAUGUCACCACAACAACAAUCACAACAACAAUUACAACAACAACAAUUACAACAACAAUUACAACAACAACAACAACAACAACAACCACCACAACAACCACCACCACAACAACAACCACAACAACAACCACCACAACAACAACCACAACAACAACCGCAACAACAACAACCACAACUAAAUAUAUCGACAGGUAAUUUACCAAAUAUUCAACAACCAAUGGUAAAAUCACCACCAUUAUCAUCAAAUACUUUAGUAUCACCUACUUCAUCAUCUUCUCCAACUUCAUCAAAUUUACCAACCAAUAAUAGUAGAGUUUUAAAUAAAUCUGGUGUUGAUAUUCACCAUGUUUCAAAUUUAUCACCCCAAGUAAUUUCGCAAAAACCACAAUCUCAACAAACCCCUUCACUUCAUUCUUCAUCACAAUCUGUUUUACAACAAAAAUCACCACCGUUAAAAGAAACUAGCUUAUUUGAGCAACAACAACCUUCUCAACAACUACCUUCACAAAUUGUUAAAAAUUCACCCCCAAAUUUAUCAAUGACCAAUGAAAAUAUUUCAAACCCACCACCACCACCUCAUGCUAAAAUUAGUUCAGAUCAUGCUUCACCAUUAAUAAACUCUUCCAAUAGUAAUAUCACAACUCCAAACCCCGAUAGUCAGUCUCAAAUACCAAUUCCCCCUCCAAUAUCGCAAUCACCAUCAACUAAAAACAUUGAUGUAAUUAUGUCAGAAUUAAAUGAUGAACCACCAAAAUUAUCAAAAUCAUCACCAACUCAAUCAAAUAUUAUAGUUCCUCCACCAACUCAUAAACCACCACAAACCACAAUAUCAUCUUCAUCACCAUUGUUACAACCACAAACUCAACCUCAACCCCAAACUCAACCUCAACCCCAAACUCUACAACAAUCAACUACACCAUCAUUAUCAUCAAGUAGUACACCAACUAUACCAAUUUCACCACCAUUACUACCAACACAAUUAGAGAUCGAUAUUCAACCACCACCUCCACCACCAUCAUCACAACCUUUACAACCACCACCUCCACCCCCACCAUCUCAAAAUAUAAAAGAUGAAACUUUAAAUAGCUUGAUAGAAUUAAAUAGUAGUAUUAAAUUGGAUGAAGAGAUUAAAAUGGAAAUACCAGAUAUUCUAUUAACAAUAGGAAGUAAACCACAAUUUCAACCAACAAAUAUUACUAUCACUCUUGGUUCUAUACUCUCAAACUUUAAUGAAAAGAUAUCAAAACAACCAAAUAUAACUCUUCAAAAUGAAUUAACAGAUUCCUUAACACAAUAUCUAUCUCAAGUUUUAAAACCAGAAUUACAAAUUGAUCUUUCAACAACACCAUCACUUUUAUCUUUAUUUUGUAAUUUCCAAGUUAUUCACCACAUUUUCCGUGCAACUUUUUCACCAACUGAUAAUUCAAUAACAACAACGACGACGACAACAGCAGCAGCAACAACAACAACAACAACAACACCAACAAUAGUAAAACCAAUGUUUAAUAUAUUAAAGGAACUUUAUAAAAUUUAUCCUUCCAUUGGUUUUAAAAUUAUGAUUUGGUCAAUUAUUACAUCACCAGGUGGUUUGAAUAUUACAAAUAAUGGUUGUACUUAUAUCUAUCCAGAUAUUGAAUGUGAUAAUUCUUUCUCCAAUUCUGAUGAUAAUGAAUCAACUAAUAAUAAUAAUAAUGGGGUCGAACAAAAACCACAACAACAACAACAACAACAACAACAACAACAAAUUAAUGAAAAUACUCAUAAUAAUAAUAAUAAUAAUAAUAAUAAUAAUAAUAAUAAUAAUAAUAAUAAUAAUGAAAAUAAUAUAACUAAUAAUAGUCAAAAUAUAACAAUUAAAGAAGAAUCAAUAUUUAAAAUAGAAAAAUUACUUGAAUCAGUUCAAGAUUCAAAUGGUAAUAGGAAUAUACUUGGAAAUUAUUUAAAUUUUCAUAGUAAUUUAUUAGGUGGUCAACCACCACCACCACCACCACCACAACAACCAAAUAAAAUAGUUGAACAAAUUAUUAGUGAUUGUAUAGAAGCAAAUAAUGUUGGAGCAUUUAAUUACUUGGUACCAAUAUUGUAUAAAAGUUUUUCAAAUCUAUUGGUUGGUAAUUCAGAUUUCUUAUAUUUAGUUUUAUCAUGCAUCAAUCCACGUCAACAUUUUAGAAUUUGUAAUAAGAUAUCGAUGGGUGAAUUUAGAGUAUUUGGUAAUGAAAUGAAAUCAUUAAUAAGUCAAUCAUUCAAAUGGGAAUCUUUUGAACAGAACUAUCUAUGGCAAAUGUUAAUAGCUGAGGAUUCAGUUUAUAGUGGUAUGAUUGUAAAGGAAUACCCAUUCAUAAUCAGUAAAUUAGAUCCAUACAAUAAUAGUGAAGUCUUACAAAAUCUGACCAUAACCCUAAAGGAAACAAAGUUUUAUGACUUUAAUAUUUUCUCUGAAACCUUAUUAUUAAAUGAUUACUUUUAUACUUUUGUUUUCUGUUUAUUCUCUUUUUGGUUAAAAAAUAAUACAACUCAAACAUUUAAUUAUAUAAAUCAAAUUUUCGAUUUUUAUUUAUCAAAUAAUAAUAAUAACAAUAAUAAUAAUAGAAAAUUGGUUGAAAGAAUUUUAUAUUUUUAUAAUAUAUUUUUGAAGAAAUAUGGCGAAGAAAGAAUAAAAUGGAGUGAUAUGAUAGAUUCUGAUAGAGUUUCAAAAGUAUUACAAAGAUCAACAAAUUCAAAUUUAUUUCAAAAGUAUUCAAAUUUAGGUAGUUUAGUAUUACCAUCACAAUCUUCAAACAUAAAAAAUGAUAACAAUCCUACUUUAUCCAAACAUCAAAAUAGCGACGAUGAUUCAAACCCAAAGAAAAGAUUUAGAAAAGAAUAA